UAGUUGCUAACUCGCUAGUCGCUACCGCUAGUCGUCACCGUCAGUUGGAUUUGCGCAGGUGUCGCUUACAGACGUACGCAUGCGUAGCGUUACAUCCCUGUAAUGGACACUUAUCUGUUAUCCAUGUUCCAUUAUUUCAAUUAAUUUAUAACAAUUCAUACGGCUACGAAUUAACUUUAACUUUUCAUUAGAUAAAAGUGAAUAAGUUUCGUAAAGGACGUGCGAGACUUACGCUAAUAGUAACAUUACAAAAUAAAUAAAUCGAUUAUAAUUCGUUUUUCUUCUCCCUUAUUUUCUGAAUAGAUUUGUUGAUUUUCGCGAUGUAUUGACCGUUAGUUGUGUGGGCGAACUGGUUUUGGGGACCGAUGUGUUAUUGUGUUUAUUUGUGUACCUAUUUGCGAUUGUGUGUUUAUGUGUGAGUGAUGCUGCUAGGUACAAAAUAUCUUCGAAUCUUGUCUGAAUGGUGUUAAGAGACAAGUGCAGUCUAUGCUGUGUCGUUGAAUGAUGCGCGCUGUCUACGCAACUACGGCAAUAUGGCCGCGCUGUCAUGUUACCAGCCUUGCCGUUCACAUCUUGCGCAACCGGUCAGAUGUCUAGACGACGAAGACAUAUCAGCAACCCUAUCGCUACGUCGUCGUCAAUUCAUCGAAAGAUGCAACGAGAAUCGCCCGAGUCGUCACAGGGACUUACUGGCAGAGGUGUCAGUUAAGAGGACCAGGGAGGAGUUGGCAAAACAUGCCUGUCAGACCAUACCGCUGACAAGAAGGCUCAAUGUGGAGUCCGGGUGGUCCAAGGUUGAGGAAGUGAGGAAGAAGUUUGAAGGGGCUGUGACUGCAUCGUCUUAUUCGAGAUCUUUCGAAUCUCCUCCAAGACGGCGCUUAGCAGAUUCAUUGUUCGCAAGUUUCAAGCUACCACGUAAGAAAGAGAUGGCCACCCCGCGAUCUCUGCCCCCUCAGCCGCAGCAGAAGAGGAAAUCUGCUGUCGAGCUGCUGGCCGAAACCAAAGCAUUCUACGUUAAGUCUGAAACUGUCCUCGACAGAAAACAGGAAUUACCUUUAAGAGUGAGCAGUGGAUUGAGUCAGGCAAUAGCAGCUGGAGGGUGUCACCUAAUCAGUUCAGGGACACUCAACAAUGACGCUUGCUGCAAUCCUUAUGCGACAACACGAUUAAGAGACAAAAGUCGCGUGAAUACAAACGAAGGACUACAGAAUACGCUCAGGCGGCUUCUGGAACAUUCUGACAGCCGCGAAAAUGUAUACUCACCACCUUUUGCUACAAAAAAAUCAUACACGGAAAUACGCAGAAUAAAGGACUCGUAUCCAGAUCGAGAACUGCCACGCUCUCAGCACACUUCUGGAACGUUCUCCGGUACUUCAUCAUCCGGAACAUCGGGGUCGAAGCACAAACAUGAGGAGAAGAGAGCCUUGAGCUACGGUGAUGCUAGGGUUUUCUUCCCAGAGUCAUUUGUGAUACCACGGCAGAGGGCGAGCGAAGUUAUUAUUAAGAAUACAUAUUCAAUUCCGAGUCCUCAGUCAAGUCCCCAGAACCCAGAUUUAUCUCCAAGUGGUGAUCAGCUGGACGCUAUCAGCCCUCCGGCGGAAUAUGCACACUCGGCACCCAGAUAUAUUAGAUCAAACUCCCAUUCUCAACCGAGUGUGCGUGAGGAGGAUGGCAACACUAAUAUAAAUAGCCACAAGUCAUUACCAGAUUUGCACGCGCAAGCGCAUGUCUAUCCCGAACACGUAAAUGUGGUGAUUGGGUCGGAGUCGAUAGGACGCUCUCCGCGACGCCGCCGACAUUCACACCAUAGAACCGCGUCGUGUUCAUCGAAAGGAACAAGAUCAAACCAUUCAUCACUGAUGUCGUCAUGCGACGCGUUCUCCGAGCAUCCAUCGCCAGGUGAUGAAAACUAUCAGUCAUAUAACAGUCGUUGCGGGUCAUCCUUCGCGCGUGACUCGGGUGGCUCGAGUGGGCACUACACACAGCGCAGCGCUCCGCCCCACGCGGCGCAAAUGUGUGGACACCACGACAGGCCCAACCGUUACCUGGGCGGUCGCACACGAGAGUCUUCUUUGGAGCAAUGCUACGUUUCAGCGCCCCCCCAGUUCCAGGACGGUGCUCCCUCCCCGCCGCAUCAUGCGCAACCCACGCAGAUAUACACACAUCCACGCGUCGGUAUACACUUCCAGGCAAGCGCCCCACCUCCGCAGUUCCAAGACGAGCCCCCGCUGUAUGACUAUGGAGACUACGAUUGUUCGUACAAAACGCCCCUCAAAUGUCUGAACGUCGGCAGAAAAGAAUACACAGCAACUAGGGAAUAUACGAGAUACCAAGACAGUAACCAGGAGGUUGUAAGCAAGCAACCGCAGUACCAGGAGGUCCGCCUGCGACGCAUUGAUGACACGCAGGAGUACGUGAACGCACCGCAGAUCUGUCAAACGGAGGAAGUGACGUCACCGUUGGGCACGUUCAAACGACAACGCUGCUUUCGCUACAAACAAAGAAAACCCAGACCAAUAUUGCGGUCCAAAUCAGACAUAUCCGAUAGAUAUAGACGCACAGACGGCAGGAGUCCAGCAUCAGCUCCUUGCGAAGGCGAGGACUCUCCUGACAGUCCUUCCGAGGAGUCGGCAAGACUUCAGCUGUUCUUCGACCGCCUCGGUCUGGAGUCAAGGACGUAUGAAGCUAUCAUACGAGACGACGACCCUGAUAGCCCGGUCUUCUUUUCGUCUGCUUCUACUGUGGACUCAAAUCAAUUGGCCACCACUGAUUAUACGGUACAAGGUCCUGGUGUUCAAAAACAAAUCUACCGGAACACGGAACCACCGAGUGUCGUAGAACGGAACGCAAGGAUUAUCAAAUGGCUGUGUCAAUGUCGUAAAGUUCAAGUGCAACACCCACAGUAAAACUUGUCUAUGGUUUUUAUUUAAUCUUUGUUAUCUGUAGAAAACAUCUAAUAGACUGUUCUUAUCAUAGAAAGAGUAUUAAAGAUAUUGAAUAGUAAACUAUUUUAAAGCAGACGGCAUAACUCACCAACAUCAAUAGUAUUUUGGUUUAUUUUAUCUGUAAUAAUAAUUAUUGUUAGAUGAACGUAACUUUAGUUUAAUACAAUUUAACAGCUUAUACAAUAUUUAUUGUUAUGCGUUUAAAUGAGAGAAUAGACAGUUUAAAAAAUACAAAAACUCAUCGAAAUUAAACGUAUGUUUCGCUUCCGAAGAACCAACUGAAUUUUAACACAAUUAAUGAAUUGAGAAUCUCGUUGCACAAAAUAUUUGUAAAUAGAAAUUGACUUUCUCAUUAGAACACAAAUUUUGCAACGUGUGUUUCAAAGAUCACAUCUUUACACAGUUGACAUGUCUAUUUUCAUUUUAGAAGGCGUUAAAUGAGGGUGGCGCUACAGUAGCAAGUAGGCAAAUUUAAAAUAGAGCACCAAAUUUAAAAUAUAUAAAAGUUUAGUUACCAAAAAUAUCAUUUUUUCUACUGAGUGCAUUAAUUGACACUGUUAACAAUGUGUAAUUCAUUCCAUACCGUCUUGAUACUUUAGCGCCAUUUUGAACUGCUAUGAAUGUGUUGCUAUACUAGCUAAUGCUACACAGUGUUUUUGUAACAAUGUUGCCAGCAUGCAACUGAUAUUUUAAUGUUGCAUACUGUGUCAACGCUUAUUCAUCGCUCGGUAAUAUUUUGAAGUUCAGCUAACGCUUCAUAACAAUAAAUAAAACAUAACCUACCAGACAUUUAUGUACAGCUUUAGCUGGCUAUUUUGACAUGCAAGCAAAUUAUUUUAAUAAGUUACCUACAGCAAAAUCCGAGUUAGAUUCCUAAGGCUUGUCAACACAAACUUAUAUGCUUAGGUAAUGCUUUGAACAAUCUUAUUAGGCAUGUUUUGUUUCCAAUCAUAUAUAUUUUAUCUAAUAUGUUUAAAUUUGGUUCAACUCUAUACUUAUUUCAUUAUUGAAUAUUUGGCCUAGUUCAAAUUUCUUCUAAAUUUCGGUGAUCAAACUUAGAGCCGCUAGCAGUGUAGGUUAUACUUAAAAAUAAAAUUGAGAUCUAUAAAAGAAAUCUUAAUAAGAUACAUAAUAUGGGAACAUUAUGAAAAUUUUAUUCUAAAUGUAUUUGAUAAGCAAACUUCAGAUAAAUAUAAAUUAUGUAUUAUGUUAUAAUGACAUAUUUACGGAUUGUCACAAUAUAGCAGUUAUGCCAUCUAACUAUAGUGUUGCUAUAGUCUAAAAAUAAGUGUGAUACUCAAAAUGUAGGGUUUUAAUGUGAAUGUACGUAUUAUUGCAAAGUUGUUAGAAAUUUAUGUUUCUUGUUGUAAAUUACAUCUAAUUCCUUUCCUCAUGAAAUUCAUGUCAAUAUCACAGAUAUAAAAUAAAGACAACUUCUGUCAAUAUAUAAUAAUAGAUACAGUUACGAUAAUUUCUUAUAAUCAACGACAUAAUUCCUAAACAUAGAUUAUGUAUGAGGACGAUUAGGAUUAUUUUAAUUAAGGAAUCCUGUUCACUAGAAUAAUAAUAAACCUAGGCUAUUGACUAAGGUAAUGGAUAAGUACAUGAAUGGACUAAAACCAAAAAAAAAAAUAUAAUUUUGAAUGAUUCUUCUAAUAUGGUAAUAUAUCCUUUAUAUAAAAAGGUAUUUAAUUAUUAUUUACAAUUUCAAGUAUAAUAAAUAUCUACAGUAAAAGAAUUACAUAAUUUAAUUUUAAUGACGUAAUCAUUUCAAAUUUAAUGUACCAUUUUUCAAUCGGCUUGUGGGUUGUUGUGCUUAUUUGCGGAAGUAAAUUUUCAUAAAUCAAAAGGCAAUAUAUUUCUAGUUAAAUUAAACCAUAGACACAGAGAACUGUAAACAACGACUUUUCCUUACCAAGCUGUUGGUUAAGUAACAUAAAACGGGCCUGAAAACAAAUUAGGGCCAUUAUUUUUCUUAUUAUAGAAUUCAGAUUAGCCUACAUCAACGUAUUCUAGUCUAAAAAUAUACGUAUUGUACAGAAGAACAUUAAAGAGUGGCUAAGGCCGCAGAGAUACAGCCUACAUCUUUGUCUAUCGAUAUCAGAGAAUAUCAAUAUUAGUCAGUCUAAUCCCUAAGCCCGUAAUAUAAUCUGUCAACUAUUAUGGGGCUUAGAGUGAUCUCAAUACGGCGAUGAAGAGUAUGAAGUAUGAAGAGUAAGAGUACUUUAUUCAAAUAUAAAAUUUUAUGUUUUUGGAAGAAGAUUUUGAUUAUAUUACUAUCUACCAAUUCAUCCUGUACAGAAAUUUAAAGUUAAUUAAUUUGAACGUGACAUAUAUUUGCCCGCAAAGCUUUGUUUUCUUUCUUUUUUACUUAAAUUCUGCGUAAGUAUCUAAAGGUUCCGCUUACAAUCGAACGGUUGUUAAAGAAAUUUAAAAAUGACAGAUAUCGAAGUUCGAAAAAAUAAAAAAAUUAACAAAGUUGCAUUAUUGGCUACUCGGCUUUUUCAAAAAGUCUCUUAAAAUUUACAUUUAUUAUUUUAAGUUUAUCACACAUUAAUUUUUUCAGCGAAUAAGUGUUAUUUUUAUAAAUAAAACAGUAUAUUUCAUAGUUAAUUUUAAAUGAAUACAAACAGUCAGACGUCAUAUUAUAACAAACAACUAAAUAGUUAAGAGAACAGAGUGUUUUAGUUAACAGAUAAAAAAUCGCAAAAUAUUUUCACUAAUUUAAAGAGUUUUACGAAAGAAAAGUAAUAAGGUAACAUUAUAGUAUAUAUAUUUUUCAUAUUUUAAACUGACAAGUAGCUAAUUACUGGAACUGUGUCUUAUCGUCUCUAUUGCCGGCAGACCUCGCGUUUGAGGAAACUUACAAAUUGGGGAAUGCAUCCUUUCUGUUUAAAUUUCUUUAAAACAAUAGAAAAAGAAUAUGAUAAUACAUUAAAUUAAGAUAAUAUUUAUUCUUUCUUGUUGGCAAAUUUUAAUUUCGAGAUACAAAGCGAUAUCGUAAAAUUGAUUCAAAUUCAAUUCAAAUUUCUAAUAAAAAAUCUACGGCAUUAGCUGUAAUCAUAUUAUCUAGAUGUUGAGUUUGUAGUAUUAUAUAGAAAAUGGAAUUUUUAUAGAAUUGAAAAACUGCAUUUACUCACAUAAUAAAACUAAGCCCAAGGCUGUUCUAAUAUUUUAAGAUUCUACAAAAAAAUCUUUUAACUAACGUUAAAAAUUGUAAAAAAUGCUACGACAUAAUAAGAGGAACUAUUUUUAUCGAGUCAUAAAUUUAUAAUAUUUUAAAUAUUAAUCAUAGUAUGUAUCGAGACAAUAUUAUAGAAAUUGAAUCAAAAUUAAAAUAGGAUAUUUUUAAAUCUAAAACCGUUAGAUGUUUUUGUGUUGAAUCUCUUAUUAUUAUUAUAAUGUAUUAUAAAUUGUUACAUAAAUGUAAAUAUUUCGUUUAGUUUUUAAUUUAACAUUUCCGAAUUGGCUGUUACAUACACUGAGUUUAUAAUAUACUAUAAUAGGUACUAGAGAAGUCUCAUCUUGAAGAUUCACCAGCUGUGGUAACCUCACUUACUCUAUGGCAAGCGCAAAACGAAGCGUUUGUAGUUUGUACGAACUUAGUGUUUAAAUUCUCUUUGGUUUGUAUUAGUACUACAACACGCUUUGAGUGCUGGGAUUUUGUUUAAAAUAUUAUGCCUUUGUGUGAUACUUACUGUUAGAAUAACUCUCAUAGCACAGGUCAAAUUUAUCAAGAAGUGAUAUGUAAGUUCAACAUAAUAUCUCUAAAACACGGUUUGUUGAAUAAAUCGCGGUAGCAACUGGCAAAUAUUAACAAACAUUGAAUGAAUGUGAAUGUCAAAUAUGUUGUUACUCUACGUUGAACGGAACACGUAAGCAACAGGAAUUUCAUGGCGACGUUUUGGUGGUUAUAAAUCCUUUAAGCGCUUUCUAGCGCUGCAUUGUUUAAUAGUAUAAUUACAGGUAACUAAUGAUAUGUACUGCAGCGAACUUAAGUUGUAAUUCUAACCGAAAUGGAGCAAGAAUUGCUUAGCACGGUUUCCCUAGUACGUACUACGUAGUACAUAAAUGUUUACCUACAUGUUAAUAUUUCAUUAGCAAUGCUAUUAUUUUGACGGUUGUUAUAGAAUGUAAUUCUUUUGAGAAUGUCUAUGCACUAUUAUUACCUACUUUUACUUGUAAUAUUAUUUUUGCUUAGCUUAAGAUGUUAUGCGUGGCUUUAAAACUAUUGUAAUAACGAAUAAGAAUGCAUUUAAACACUGCCUUCAUGUCUGUAAUUUGUGAAUUCUGGAAUCUGUAUAAUUUUCAAUAUUUUCUAUGGUUAUUAAAAAAUAAGAAAGCUGUACCACUUGGAAUUGGCGACUAAUGUUAUUAUUAAAUUAUUUUCAUAUUCGGCGAAAUAGUUCCAAAUAUUCCUGGCACUAUGAGACAAUUUAAACAAAAUUCUCUCCGCAAUGCAUAAAAUUUUAACUCUGAAUUCAUAUAUUUUAAAAUGUAAUAUUAAAUUGUACAGCUACCAAUCGCAAAGCGUAAUUCUAAAUAAACGCACAGUUAGAUCCCAAUGUUUCAGUUAACAUUAGGUAUAUCUUCUAGAAUGUGUUUGAAAUCGUUACAAAAGUAUGUUUACCACAAAUAAAAGAAACUAUUUUAGGUUUAAAAUCCGUAGUUGACUGUUAGAAUAUGUCGUAAGGUUUGGAUUUGAUCAGUACUUGGUAACUAUGUAGAUUUGGAAUUAUUUCUCUAUUGUGUAUUUAAAACUUUAGCGUUACAAUUAUUGAGUAGAAUGUUUACAAUAACUAUAUGCUUCCAUAAUAUUUUGUGUAAAUAUCUUGUUAUAGAUUUAAUAUAAAUCUAAAAUACACUAUGGUCUGAUA